AUGCAACCAGCACGACCCCCGCCCCGAGCGCCGGGCAGCUUUAGCCCUCUGCCGGAAUCUACGGCCUCCAACGUACCGCCGCCGCAACGUCCACGACCACCUGCCCGCGCCGAGUCGACAUCCAGCGAAGAGAGCCCCUCGAUCAAUUUCGUCAAGCCGCGAACCCACGCUCCCAGCGCCCCUACACAACCUUCCAGCACCCCGAUCUAUGCCCAGUUUACAUCCCAGCCCAACUCGAGCACCACAAGCCUGCAGAACUUUUCGCGCCCGACUGCUCAGCGAUCAGGGACCACGCCUGGAGGGCCAGCAGGUCACGCCUCGGCCGGAGGAAACGAUCUGAGCGUCAGCGUGAGCGCAGUCGCUGCUGCCCGCACGGCGAGUCCCUUGACAAAGGGGCAUUCGAGGAAGCACAGUCAGACCCCCGGUCUGUUCGACUCGACGCUGCCGUCGACGAGCACCUCGAAUCUGUCCCAGGUGGCCAUAUCACACCCGCCUGCCAGCUCAUCUUCCACACAACAGCAGCACCAGCACCAACUGCCGAGCCCCGCCCUUUCGGCGAGCCAUAUUGCGGCACAGGCGGCCUUCCAGCACCAGAACAGCCAAUAUAACCCGCAGCUGCAGCACGCCCGACAACGAUCGCAGACCGUUCCCAGCCCCAACGGAGACGGUGACGGCGCGAGGAGGGGGAGCAGCGGAAAGGGCCCACUCAGCCCUCCUGUCUUAAGCCUGACCGAGGCAAGCGGUCCACGAGAGAGCGGGUUUGGGAGCCAAGGAUACCACAACGGCCUUCUGGGAAGCCAUUCAGCCGCUGCGACAACAGCCGCGAACGCAGCGUUCCCGCGAUCGGGCCAGACUUCACCAGGAUUGUCACAAUCGCAGCAGCAGCAACAACUGCAACAGCAACCGCAGCCUCAACAGCAGCAACAACAGCAACAUAGUCCAGUUCAUCCUCCGCCACAGUUGAUCCUAGAUCAGAAGCUGGUAAAGCCAGAAAAGUCCAAGGUCAAGCUCUUCUCGCGCCCGGUCAAGAUCGGCACCAAGGCCGAUCCCAAAGAUAAACCACUCCCGAGCCCCAGCAAGAUCGGCAGUGCGCUUGCUUCGCUACAGCGGGGAAAUUUUAGCACGAGCAGUCUGGUUGAUACCAGCAGCCAGUCCAUCUACAACCUCAACAAUUCGUCUUCGGCCACCAUCCGCGCAGUUCCCGAAACACCCACCAUGGAAAAGGAGGGGAAGGAAAAGGAAAAGAAGCAUCAUUUUUUAUCACGCCAGAAGCAUAAACUCAAGGAUGAUUACCAUCUUCCGCUGUCUUCCGCAUCGAGCAACUCGAAACCAACAGACCCCAGCGCCCCCUCGAGUUUGUACAGUUUCAACUUACCCCCUAGCCCUGCCCCAACUGCAACGUCGUUUGGCAAGGCUCGGCGGGACAAAAAGACUGAAAAGGAGACCAGCAGCCUCAACGUCGAAUCGAGUUCGCUUCCCGCAGAGUGGCCAGGGCCAAGCAGCCUACCAACUUUGACGCAUCAGUCGUCGUAUCUCUCCGAACCAAUUGACGCAGGCAAGUACGGUCUCAACAGCAUGGCCCUCGACGAUGCCUGGCCGUAUUUGAAGGCGAAAAUGCUCGUCAUCUUUGAGGGCGAGGACUUGCGACAGCCAGUGGAGGAUUUUAACAAAUUGGUCACGCUGCACAUACAAUACUGCAUUCAGCGCAGGUCACCCAAUAUCAUCCUCGAGGACUUGCGCGAGCUCCUUGCGACCGGCUUUGCGUCUUUAGAUAUGACUCUCAGACGUACGCAAGAGGACAAGGUCAUCCCGGCUCUCGUCGAGAUGUGGCUCAUUACCUACACUUCCAUCCUGCCCUAUAUGCAGGCCGUCUUCCUACCUCUGGACCUUGAGUUCUCUGGCUGCGGCGUGCUCAUGAACCACGACCAAGCUCGCGACUUCUGGGGCGGCAUCAAGGCACCGUCUUCCGACAGCGCGCCCUAUGUCAGCCCCGCGUGCGCCGUCCUCGAUGUCCGCCGUAUUGUCCUUACAGCGUAUCGCGACAUUGUUAUCCUUCCCCGCUACGACUCACUCAAGGCUAUUUUCUCCCGACUAUCCCUCGAGUUCCUUCCGUCCUCGUUCGCCUCCCUAGCCCUCGCCUCACCACUGCCGGACCCGACGCUCUCCUCUAGCCCGGCAGACACUAUGUCUAUGAUGCGCCCCGGAACGGCCAUGAGCCUGGACCCGUCCGUUUCGAGCUACAAUUCUAACGCGACGACGCUCCUGGGCGACGGCAGCUCGGGGGGCGGCGGUGGAGGGCGCAGCCGCGGACUCAGCAACGUCAGCUAUGCCAGCGCCGGGAGCGACGGGCAACUGCGGCCGUUCACGCGCGAGCAGAAUGUCGAGGACUCUAAGCAGGUCACUGAGAUGGUCGGGCGUAUGCUACAAUGUAUGAGCAUUCUCGCCAGCAUCGGCGGCACUUCCGGCGACGGCAGCGACGAGGGCAACAAGCGGAUGGAGGAGCUAUGCCGGCUACUAAAGCUCAACUGGCUCGGCAGGGGCCGGACAGGGAGGAACCGGAGGGGUAUUGUUGGCGGCAGACGGCGGGAGAUUCCCGAAUCCAUCAGAGAAGGGCUGCGCGUUGUUUGA